AUGCUAUCGGAAUUUGCGACGACGGAUCUCACAAGCGCUAUGCUCACGGGAAAACCACCGUCGUUUCCACCGGCUAUUUGGGAGGUCGUUGACCGAGGACCUGUCUGGUGGGGACGAGACACACAAGGUUAUUGUUCACUAUCAACGGUCUUUCAGCAGAUUUCGAGUAUGGCGCUUUAUCUUGAUGCGACGACGCGAAUGAUCGAAGAGUUCUCGAUUGAGAGGAUACGCAUCUUUGAAGCGGCUCUUCGACCAACGUACGCUUCAUUGGCUAUUGAGGACUUGACAUCUCCUCGUUCAUCACCUGUUGAUACACCAUCGACCGAAUGCGACACCGAAUCAGCGCAAGCCUUCAGCCUCCACGCCGCACUAAUCUAUCUAUACCGAGCUGUGUGCGGUCUACCAGCAAACCAUGCCCUGGUGCAACAACAUACACAAUCUUGUCUCGACUGCAUCUUCAGCAUUCAGAAACCAUCCAAAAUUCUCAACUGCGCUGUACUGCCCAUCUGCAUAGCAGGAGCACACUCACAAUGUCCGAAGCAACAGAGACUUGUGCGAGGUCUAGCUGGAUUUAUUUAUGAUGAGAUACGAUUUGCUUCAGUUCAUUCGGUCAUUGCGGUGUUGGAGGAUAUUUGGAAACGUGCCCUGGAGGAGGACAUGACAUGGAAUCAGAUGUUUGCGAACUUGAAUCCUCAGGCUAUUAUCCUCUGA